AUGGGUUUUGAAAACAAGUUGAGGAGCGAGGACGCGAACUUAAACAAUUGAGAUUCUCCCUAGACACGCAAGUAAAACUGCAACAUCCGAACGGUGUGGACGUUAAUGGUGUAUUCAUUGUUACAUGAGUUUAAAUAGCUUACUAACGACGUUUUUAUACCUAUUACAACUCCAUCAUUGAUUAUAAAUCAAGAUGUUUGGCUUCCACAAGCCCAAGAUGUACCGGAGCCUAGACGGUUGCUGUAUCUGUCGGGCCAAGUCCUCCAGCUCCCGCUUCACCGACAGCAAGCGCUACGAGAGGGACUUUCCCAGCUGCUUCGGGCUGAGUGAGGUGCGUUUUGGGGAGAUCUGUAAUGCCUGUGUUCUCCUGGUGAAAAGGUGGCAGAAACUCCCAGCCGGAUCCAUAAAGAACUGGAAUCAUGUUGUUGACGCUAAAGGUUCAGGGUCAAGCUGGAAGACCGUGAGGUCCAAGAAGAUGAAUAGAGCCAGGCCAAGCCAGAUCAGCCGAGUGCAGAAGGAGCUCAAGAGACACAACUCUGACGCCCACAGCACCACCUCCAGUGCCUCCCCCGCCCAUUCUCCCAGCUACAGCAACCAAUCAGAUGAGGGCUCGGACGUGGAACUCUCACCAGGUGCCACCCACUCGCCAGUCUUCUCUUUCCUGGACCUCACCUACUGGAAAAGGCAGAAAGUGUGCUGUGGCAUCAUCUACAAGGGACGCUUCGGAGAGGUACUCUUAGACCCCCACCUCUACAAGCCCUGCUGCCAGAAGAAACAGCAGCACCAGCCAAAAGAGGAAGGAGAGGAGGAAGCACAGGCGAGCAGAGCGAACGUGAUGCGCCACGCCCCAGCGAACAGCUCCCCGCCCCCCCGGGUUGAAGAAGAUUAGGGGAGGGCACUCUACAGAAGUCUGAUGGAGACCGUUGGGAUUUUAUGACGUCCUGGGCCGUCUACUGGGAUUGCUUUCUAUUCCGGAGCAGCUGGACUACUUAUCAAAUGUUGUGUUCUGUACUAGGAUGCAGUGAGGUUUGUUCUAUUAUAUCUGUAAACAAAUAUUGAUUCUUUCUCUCCGAGUGCUGUGAGAUUGUGAAUAUUCACAAUUUGGUUUCAAUAUGAAAUUUUGGAUUCACAAAAGCUGUAUGAGAAAUGGCGACCUCUGGAACUGUAUAUUUUUGUAGUAGGAUAGAGCCAUAUCCAUUAGGAUAGAGAACAGCCAUCCACACUCUGCCUUCUCCUGUCCUGUACCUCACACAUAUGUGUGUGCAAACUCACACAUCGGCCCUGGUCACUUUCUGAAAGGAAAGGUUUUUUCCCUUAUGCCACAUGAUCACUGAUCGGACACCUAAUAUUGUUAGGGUAAAGCUGUAGAAAAUGUCAUUUGAUAAAUUAUGUCAGAGGUGUGAAAAGUGGGAAGAAAUGAUGCAAUUUUAAAGAAUUUGUCCAGAGCCUUAUUAUUUGUUAUAGGGACACGUGUACACAACCAAUGUCGUCAUAUCCACCCUUGAUUGUGCACCAGGUGUACUCUGUUGAGAUAUUGACACUAUACUCUUUCCAGUGCACGUUUAAUAUGGAAGGCCAGUGAUCUUGUUCAGUGUUUGGAUGUACGUACAAAGCACAUUCAAACGUUUUAAGGGAGCAUGUAGUGUGCCCUCUAAGCAGUGAUCUUGAUGCAAGCGCUCUCGAUCGCCAGUCCUCACCUGAACCAAUAUAAGCUAAAACCCACAAACUGACCUUGGCGCAGCACUUUUUGAGCACUUCCUAUCUCAGUCUACGGACAGUUUCAUUUAGUUUCCUAGCCCCUUAGAGCAUAUCUGAAGGUGAUGGUAUAGUGGACACUUAUUUAUUCCUUUCAAAUCUGUGAACACAAACAGGGUUCUGGGAAGGGGCCUAUGAUGUCAAAAGACUAGCUGAGUGGGCCAACCAAAAAGAUUCCCUGGUUUUCUCCUAUUGAGAGAUUUGAUGCCUUGUAAUUGUACUUUAGGUUUGAGGCCUUCCAAUAACUGUUCCAUGUCCUGCAGGACUCGGUUGUACAAAUCCACCUACAUCUUUUGCAUGAUGACCUUAGGGGUGAAAUAACACUAUUUUUUGUCUGUCACUUUGCCUCUGUUUGGGACAAAAUACAGUACAGUUCUGAAUAUAUUUUUGAAUAUAAAUGGACAAGACUACAACGUAGUGAAUAGGCCACCAACAUUUAGUUCUUAGUGUUCGUCCCAAAACUGUCAUGGCUAUUGAGGCUGGUUCUAUACAAUUGUCAGUACAAGGUCAAUUUCAUCUAAACACAUCCCUCAUGUAGGCUACUUCUGGCUUCACUUUUAUUUCAAGAAAUGUAUUUUCUUGUUCUGUACCUCCAUGUUCAUAUAAUUUAAAUGUUCUUCAAACCACGGUAAGAUUUUUUUAAACGGACACAUUCUGUAUUUAUGUUGCAUACCGGGGGUAUUGCAGAGCUCUGUCAAUGCAUGCGUGCAGCCUAAUUGUGGACAUUCAGUCAAUGUAUAUGUUAUAUUAGUAUCUAGAUGUGCAAGCUCACAUGCCAAAUGAAUGCAAACUCAUUAUUCCGUGAGCUAUCAUGUUCAAUAUACAGUAUUUUUAUCCUCUGCAUAUGGUUAAUAUUAGCACUGAGUGUACAAAACACUUCCUAUUUCCAUGACACAGACAGACCAGGUGAAAGCUACGAUCCCUUAUUGAUGGAAUCUGUUAAAUCUCUUCAAUCAGUGUAGUUGAAGGGGAGGAGACAGGUUAAAUAAGGAUUUUUAAGCCUAGAGACAAAUGGAAACAUGGACUGGGUAUGUGUACCAUUUAGGGAGUGAAUGGGCAAGGCAAAAUAUUUAAGUGCCUUUGAACGGGAUACGGUAGUAGUAGGUGUGAGACGCACCGGUUUGAGUGUCAAGAACUGCAACGCUGCUGGGUUUUUCACGCUCAACCGUUUCCCGUGUGUAUCAAGAAUGGUCAUCCAGCCAACUUGACACAACAGUGCGAAGCAUUGGAGUCCGCAUGGGCCAGCAUCCCUGUGGAACGCUUUGGACUCCUUGUAGAGUCCAUGCCCUGACGAACUGAGGCUGUUCUGAGGGCAAAAGGAAGUGCAACUCAAUAUUAGGAAGGCGUUCCUAAUGGUUUCUACACUCAGUGCAUGACGACAGCUAUUUCAACCAUGGUUUGAUGGUUUGAUCAAAGCUUUACUACGCAACGCUAUUUGUCAUGUAUUUAUGUAUAAAGGCAUCAGACACUGACUCAAGUUUUUUUGAAUGUUCCUUUAAUCUUCAGGUUUGAUUGAAUGUUAGGGGAAGUGGUCAUUUCUCUUUGUUAAUUUAUUUGUAUGUGUUUAUCAUUUUUUGGGUUAUUGUUGACUAAUUUGAUAACUUUCUCCUGUAACCUACCAUAACCUUUGUUCUAUUAAAGGCUUAUACUGUUGAAUUCACAUUAUGUGAAUGUUGCCAUAUACUGUGAUAUGGAUUGUAUCAAAACUAUACUAUUACUCAUAGAUUGGUUUAUGUAAACUAACUAGGUGUUAUUCUCCUGAGAUCUCCUAUACGGCGGUAGAAUGUGCUUGUUUUUGUCUGUGGUAGUGCUACUCGCCUGUGGUAGAUAUGCACUGUUAUUUAUCUGUCUUGGAAAGUCCUAAUUCUUUCUCAAAGCUAAUUUUGUAUUUUUUAUACACAAUUUAAACUUGUUCAUUAAAUGUAGUUUUGCUUUUGA